AUGAAAAUCUUUUUUGAACUUGAAUAUUACGAUAAUGGAUGGUUCAGGCGACAUUGUAAGAAAGUAAAUCGGUCCACUAAUCUAUUGCAAUCGUUUAUCCCUUUCCUUUCUCCCGUCACUGAAGAAAUUCUUCAAGUUGUUGUCGACAAUUCUCGUCAUCUUUUGUUUGCGCUCACGAAAAGAAGCUCUCUUCAGGUUUAUGAUCUUGGCGUGAAAGGAAAUGCAUGCACAAAAAUCACCAAUCUCACAAGUGGACAAAUUAUUCACGAAGCCUCAGCGAUGUCUGGUGGACAGCAUGAUCCGAGCAUGUUCUCAAAUAUUAUUCGGAUUAUUCCAUUAUAUGCGGAAAAUUCCCAUCAAUUGAACUUGCUUGCUGUAACGGCUCGAGGUGUUCGGCUGUAUUUUUCGGUUUUGCCUAAACAAGCACAGCCACCACAAGGGCAGUAUGUUGCACAUUUGUCUAUGUCUCAAAUGGAAGCACGCCCGAUUUGUCUCCGAAUCUGCCAUAUUCGAUUUGCUCCUGGACUUUGUCCUACUUCAACGUAUCGUGAUCCCGCUGAUGGUGCUUACAUGUCUCAAGCGAGCAAUUCCACUUGCAUUCUUGCCACUCACCCUCAAGGACGGUUCAUGCUGUUUGCAAUCUCGGAUUUGUACCAUCCGGCUAGUAGAAGCUUUGUUGAAACCAUUAGUGAAUUCAUGCUGAAUGGACCUGUUUGGGCCAUACACGUUCAAUCAAAGCCGUUGUGUUCGUCAGAAGCUCCAAUGGGCGACCUCAUUCCGCCUGCUCAAACACAUCCAUUCUAUCGAAUGCACGCAAACGCACCCGAAGUCAUUACAAUCUUCACUAGUGAGGAAAUGGGUCCAGUGAAUGCGUUGGUGCUUGCAUUGAUGCUUCUUUCAUCUGAGAAACCGGUUGAUCAACAACAUCAUGAUAAAGCAUUGAGACUUUUCUACUCGCUCAAAGAUGAGCCCGAAAUGGUUGAUGUGGAUCAAGUGAGAGAUUGGAAUGACGCGAAUGACUCUUUUCGAGACUGGAAUGCCAGAAUGCGAUCUCCAUUGCGUUCAUCAACCCCGUUUCACGAACGAACCAUGGCCAGUCCGAUGAAUUUGAAUGGUCACAGUCCGAUAGGAACGCACGAUUACUCAUUCACUCAUGGGAAUUCCUUCUACCAAUUCAGACCUUCAAAGAGGCAUGAUGCCCUCUAUGCAUAUUUUGCAAGACUUGUUGCUCCACUUUGGAGUCAGCCCAUUGUGUUGGUGAACGAUGGACGGUUACAUCCACUGGUUUCGGAAGCAUCGUUGAAUUGGCUAUCUCAUCAACUUCGUCUCUUUUUGGCUGCAAUCGAUGACAAUAAUCUAAUCCCUCGACAACUGCCACCACAAGCCUCCGACUAUACAUCGCUCAACGCAAAGUUUAGUGCCGAAGCAUAUGCCCGCGAACGUUCUUCAAUCCUCGCCUUGCAUGCACUCAUCAUUCUCACGCUGGAAACGUUGGCAUUGUGGGCAGUUGCUGUCGAGUACGGAAUGCAUCAAGUCUCAGCCAGUGUAGAUUCAAACAGCCUGAUGCUUUUAUCUGGCCGCCGUUUGUCCGAUUUGGUGACCGGAGAUUCAAACUUAAAUAACGAUUUGAUCAAAGGAUUGAUAAAGUAUUUCCUGGGUGACGAAGCGGGAACCCGCGACCUCUCGGAUAGAUUACGCAAUGUUUGCCCAACUUUAUACAGCAAAGAGGAUGCACUAAUCACAAAUGCGACGGAAAUGUUGGAUAGAGCUUUACGGCAAGGACUCACAUUGGACUCCCAAAACAUCGUCCGCACAGCCGUGCUUUACUUGAAACAAUCUAUAAACAAGGUGUCGCUACCGGUUGUGAGUCAACAACUUUCUCAACUGCAAAGCUACGAUGCAAUUGUUGAGUUAUGCUUGUUGAGAGCAAAGAAGGACGAUCCAAAACAAUUGGCGAUUGCCGCAUAUCGAAAUGGUGGUGUUGCUGAGGGAAACAAGGAAAUGGCCGAAGCAUCAAAUCGACGAGAGAACUCUUACGCAGUCUUCAGACGAUUGUUAGAGGAUGUGGAUGGAAAACUGGAUGCGCAAACGAUUCGAGACCAAAUCAGCAAAUGCGUACUUGCUUCCGAUGAUGAACUUGCACAUGCAGCGUUGUUUCGAUGGAUGUUACAGAAUCAUCAAGCAGAGAAGAUCAUUCAGAGUAAGUCGCAAUUCGUGGAACAAUUUCUUCAACAUGAGAUCGGUCGUGGUGGAGGGCAUAAAUAUUUGGACUUGCUUUGGCGUUUCUAUGAGAAAUCAAACACUUUCGACAAAGCGGCUAAGUUAUUGGUGCGACUCGCGGAUUGUACAACAAUGCCAGAAAUUACGUUGGAUCAACGAAUAUCUUACUUGUCUCACGCGAUUAUGUGUGCCCAAUCAUCAACUGAUUCAAAAAUCAAGGAAAAAAUCCAAGAAAUGCGCGAUAAGUUGGACGUCGCAAAUGUUCAGCUGAGUGCACGGCAAGCUCUCGCAUCCAUCGCCACACCACAAUGCAGACAAGCCGUCAAGGAAUUGGAUAAAUCACUUUUUUGUACUACAGGACCUAUG